GGUAGAGAGAGGGAGGGGCUGUGAAUUCAGCAACUGUUGCCUGAUCUGAGGCUCACUGUGUAACUCGUGAGCCGGCCAGGCAGAGGCUGCGAGAGGCAGUGUGUGAGACAGAGGCAGCUGUAUCUGCAGCUGGAGAAGAGCACUGCACUGCACAAGUGAACACGGCGUCCUGCUAGCACCCCUGGGCUCACUGUGGAACGUACCAAGAGUGGACUCACCCUUUGGACUGGACUAUUCAGCGCCUGCUUCCUCCUCUGUCCACUAACACCUGCGAGUGUGUGUGUGCUGUGAAGCGCAGAGCAGGGUGAGGGACAGGACUACACCACACAGGAGCUCAGAGGAGGCUGUGAACCAUGGACUCCUCUCUCUAGUUAACGGGGCAGUGAAGAGGAGGCGGGGGUGUGUCCGGUCAUCAUGUGCACUCGGGCUGACCCUGACCUCGUCCCUGAGUGCCAGCUGUUCCCCGCGGAGGUGGACGAGCCGGAGGAGAGGGAGUCGGACAGAGACAGCGCCGUGGAGAGCACCCAAGGCUCGGACACCUCAGAGGGACCGGCCCGAGCAGAGGACAAAGAGGACGCACUGGGAGAGCUGUUCUUCCACAGGGACAAGAGGGGUCAGGCCAGCAUCUCAGUGACCUCUGACCUCUCCACACGUUCUUCCGCGUCUCUGAACGAGGAGCAGUUCGAGGACUACGGCGAAGGGGAGGAGCCAGACUACGCUCCCAGCAGUCCGUGUCCAGACGACGACGCUCGCACCAACGGAUGCUCCGACCUCGGCUCCUCUGUUUCCUCCAGUGCGGGCCAAACUCCUCAUAAGGUGCGUCAGCAUUACACCGGCGAGCUAAUGGAUGUGUACUGCUCCCAGUGCAGCAAAAAGGUCAACCUCCUGAAUGACCUGGAGGCACGGCUGAAAAACCUCAAGGCAAACAGUCCCAGCCGGAAAAUCUCCAGCACGGCUUUUGGAAGACAACUGCUCCACAACAGCAACUUGAGCAGCAGCAAUGGGAGCACGGAGGAUCUGUUCAGAGACAGCAUCGACUCCUGUGACAUCGACAUUAAUGAAAAGGUCAGCUUCCUCGAGAAGAAAGUGGCAGAGCUGGAGAGCGAGAUCAUUAUUAACGGCGACCUCAAAUCGAGGCUAAAACAGGAGAACACUCAGCUCGUGCACAGAGUGAACGAGCUGGAGGAGCAGCUGAAGGACCAAGAAACAAAAGCAGAACACAACCUGGAGCAGCAGCUGAGGCGACACCGAGAGUCUUACAGCAAAAUGGAGAGGGACAAGAGCACGCAGAUAGAGCUACAGAGCAACAGGGUGAGGCAGUUGGAGGAGGAAAACAGUGAAAUGUCUCUAAAUCUGUCCAGGCUCAAAUCCCAGACUGAAAAACUGGACGAGGAGAAACAAAGAAUGACAGACAAGUUGGAGGACACCAGUCUGCGGCUCAGAGACGAGAUGGAUCUGUAUAAAAAAAUGAUGGACAAACUGCGACAGAACAGACAGCAGUUUCAGAAGGAGAAGGACGCCAUGCAAGAGCUGAUCGAGGAUCUUCGGCGAGAGCUGGAGCAUCUGCAGCUCUUUAAACUCGAGGCGGAGCGGCCGGGCCGCGGCCGCAGCUCGUCGUCAAGUCUGUCGGACGUCAGCAGCAGGAGCAGAGAGGUGGAGCUAGAGCAUGAGGUCAAGAGGCUCAAACAGGAAAACCAGAAGUUAAAAGAGCAGAAUGAGGACUUAAAUGGUCAGAUCCUCAGUCUGAGUCUUCAUGAAGCCAAGAACCUGUUUGCCACACAGACGAAGGCUCAGUCUCUGGCUGCUGAGAUAGACAACGCCUCCAGGGACCAGCUUAUGGAGGCUCUGAAAGAGCAGGAGGAGAUCAACAUACGACUGCGACAAUACAUGGACAAAAUCAUUCUUUCUAUUUUGGACCACAAUCCCUCCAUCCUGGAGAUAAAGCAGUGACAAAGCUCUUCCGGACAGUGAUGGCUGCUCCAAUGAAACGACUUGGCUGAUGGAACACUUGACCAAAGCUUUGGAAGUGGAGCACAGACUGUAAUGGAUGAACAUCUCCCCCUGCUGUUCAUGGGGUAAAAUGCACUUGACCUGAACAGAAAUGAAUCGGGGUUUUUUCUUUUUCUGAAGUACGAAUCGGCAAUUAAUUCCAGACUGCUGCUGCUGCAAACUCGGGCCUCUAGUGGUUUGGUGAUCUUCUAUAGUGAAAAAUAUGCUACUGAUUUUACAGGUCUUGGAUGAAGGUCGUUACACUGCACUGACCCACAGGAAAACUGGAGCCACACACUGUUUAUGUACAAAACUGGAUCACACUGUUUAUUACAAUACUGGAUCAGACUGUUUAUGUACAAUACUGGAUCUUCAGCAUAGACGUUGUGACUGGGCUUUUACGCGUCUCUCUAACAGGCAUGAAGGCAGUUCCUACUGUUCCAGAUCUGUAAAGUUUGUUUUAACUUUUAUGUUGCUUUUUGAACGCAUUGGAAAGAACACAGGAGUAAAAGGUACUGACUUUGAAGUAAGCAGGUCUGAUAAGGUGAACGAUAAGCGAAAGUAAAGGUGUAAUUGAUAAAACACGUCUUCCAGAAAAGGAGAGGUCAAUGAGUUCACUGAGGAUUUUGUAAGUGUUUUUUUUAAGUUGGUAACGAGGGAUGUUUCAUGCAUGAAGCUGCAAUAAGGAGUGUCUCAAAUGUACAGUGUGUGUGAUCAUAGACUGUGUGAAGUUUAUAUACAGUCUAUGUGUCUGAUGUGCCUGACAGAGACACACCGGGACGAUAGAUGCACUAAUGUUGCACUGAUAUGGACAACCUGAAUGUUCACGGUGUUUUGAAGUGUGUAACGAGUGCGACUGGAAGACACUUUAACACGGUUUACUCUCUGGUUCAUCUCUCAUAACUUUUGGUACAUAUAUGGACUUGUUGUUAACUGAAAGUCACUAUGGGGAGGCUUAUAUACUUGUACAUAAGUAUACAAGCAAUAUAAGUAUAUAAGCAAGGAUAAAAAAUGAACAAAUUACACAAUAUUUAACUGGUGUAGUUGCCAAAAAGGCUUCUUGUGGGUGAAUGGACUCAACAGUAAUGGCUCGCUCCGGUUCUGGAAGUAAUUUUUCCGUUCAUUUUUUCCGUAGACAUUUCAAAAAAUUCAAAUAUUCAAGAGUUCAAAGGCAUCGCGGAGGUUAACCAGCUACACGUUUAUCCAUAAAGUGGUUAUUUUAAGUUCAAAAAGCAAAUUUAAAACACAAAAUUUGGCAAAAUCCUCUAAUAACUCAGCGUUUAAUAUAAAGGUUAAGAAACAGAUUUGAAAGAAAAUUAUUGGUCUUGUGAUCAUUCGUUACCGCAGAGCUUAUUAACCCUGAGAAAGCUUUGAAACUUUUAAAUUAAACUUACAAAAAUGGAAAGUCUAUGGGGAAAAAUGAAUGAGAAAUUGUACUUUACUGGAACUGGGGGGCAGGCGGUCACAGUUGAGCUUUGUUUGACAGAAUAUAUAAUGUACUAUGUUACAAAAAUAUGGUUUGAAUAUUUCAAUCUGUUGCAUUGUUAAAAAAGAAAAAGAAACAACAACACAAAAAAAAAAAUCCAAACUUGAGUUUUGCUUCCUUGCACAAAAACCUGAAUUUGCAUGCAUCACCUGUCUGUCUGUGCCUUUGGACGUCCUUCACAUAAACAGACCCACUGUUUACAUUUUUUGAAGAAGCAUUUAAAGUUUGUCACAUUGACUCGACUUGUAAAUGUUGUAAUUACUCUUAAUGAUGGUUUGUAUAAAUGUGCCACUCCACCCAUUUAUAUGAAAACUUUUGUAUGGUUUUAUUAUGCAUACAACAUGUAAUUACUAAAUCUAAUAAAAAAUGACAGUCCACGUUAAUUAGUAAACCUGAAUGAAGUUUCCUUAUUGCGGAUUUAAACAUAUGUCUACUUCAUAAUCACGUUCUUCAGUCAUGUCCUCGUGCCUCAGUUUCCUCUGCUAAAAUCUGUCUUUGUCACCAAUAGAAGUGUGAAUAAAUACGUGUAUAAUUGCAUUCUGUGGUGAUACAAUUAAGAUUUA